CUUAAAUAUACGAGCCCUUCCUACUGGCAGCUUUAAUUUUAAAAGAGAAAUUUGGUUGGCAACACUGCUCACUGUCAAUUGGGUCGUGUGUCGUGCGCCGUGCGUCCUGCGUCGUGAGUUGUAAAGUGAGUGUUUUGUGGUGCAGCCGUGUUAAGGAGAGAAAGCUUGGUGAGGUGUAUUCCUUCAUUUUUUUAAAUUACAGUGACUAUUUUAAGUUUUUCAUAUCGAAACUAUUGUAAUCUUUAAAAUCAUAUUCCUGAUUCUAAUUAAAACGCAUUGUAGAAGCAUCAGAAAUGAAGAUGAAUACCAGAGUUUUUGUUGGGGGCCUGACCUACAGGAUCAAGGAACGUGAUUUAGAAAAGUUUUUCCGUAAAUAUGGCAGAAUAAGAGAAGUCUCAAUGAAAAAUGGAUUCGCCUUUGUAGAAUUUGAUGAUCAUCGUGAUGCUGAAGAUGCAAUUUAUGAAUUGAAUGGCAGAGAUUUGAUGGGUGAAAAGAUUUCUGUAGAAAGGGCACGUGGUACCCCAAGGGGAAGUGAUCAGUGGAAAGACAGUCGCAGAGGUGGUAGCUACAGAGGCGGCUAUGGGGGUCCACCUUCACGUAGUAGCAACAGAGAUGCACGUGAUAAGUAUGGACCACCCACUAGAACCAGAUACCGCGUAUAUGUAGAAAACUUAUCAUCAAGAAUUAGUUGGCAGGACCUGAAAGACUACAUGAGACAAGCAGGUGAAGUUACUUUUGCCGAUGCGCAUAAGCAGAGACGCAAUGAAGGGAUAGUAGAAUUUGCGUCCUACAAGGAUUUAAAGAAUGUUAUCGAUAAACUAGAUGGAACAGAACUGAAUGGUAGAAAAAUCAAAUUGGUUGAGGAUCGCGCUACUGCCAGCAAGAGAAGCAGGACUGCUUCAAGCAGUCGUUCACGAUCACGAUCCAGGUCCAGAAGCCGUUCUAACAAGAGGUCAAAGUCUCGUUCAAGAAGUGUCGAAAAAGAUGGCUCCAAAUCACCACAUGCUAAAGACAAAAACGAUUCCAGAGACAAGUCUCGCUCUAACUCGCGUUCUUCUUCGAAGAGCAGAUCCCGAAGUAAUUCGCCCGCUAAUGGAGAUAAUUAACUUAGCAACUGAAAAGUUCAGCUAAAGCAUUAAUUUUAGAUAACUAACUCCAAAUCCAAUAUAUUAAACUUGGUGUCAAAGUCGGUCUUCUUUUUGUAUCAUGUAUAUUUGAUUUUUUUACAACUACAAUGUAAAACUUCUUUUUUUGCAAAAUUUAGAUGUAUUACUCUUGUCAUUAAUGUAGUUGCCUGACGCAUGGGAUAGUACACUUAAGGAUUUUAGUUUUAGUAUUUUUUACUUUUGGUUUGAUUUUUUUUUAAUUGUUUUGACAUGUUUCUAAAUUAGAAACAUAAUUGCUAUAUCAUAAUCAUUUGCGAUAUUUUUUUAAUCAUUUGGAAAAUUGAAUUUUAGAAGUUGAAAAUACAGAGUAUCCCUUACAAUGUUCAUUUUGGUAAUUGUAUUGUUUUUCGAUCAUGUAUGCUUAGUUCAAUAAAAAAAUAUUAAAUACCAA